AUGAGGCGGGCGCUGGGCGGCCCAGCCCGGCCGGGCACGGAGAGGAGCCCGGGGAUGGGGAGGCCACGGCCCCGCGGUGAGGCGCGGGGGGGUCCCUCUCUCAGGCGGGCGGACGCGGUGAGGGAGAACGCGGCCCGACCUAUCAGCGGCGCCGUCCCUGGGCAGCCAAUCGCCGCGCCGCGUCUUGGCGAGCGUUGCCGUGGUUACGGCGCGACGCGUUGUGCCCGCCGACCCUCGUCGCCAUGCAGGGCCCCGCCGGCGGCCGGCGGCCUCCCCUGUGAGUGGCCGGGGGUUUUUGAUGAUGAAGGAAAGGAUGUGACACCCCGUCCACUCUUCCGUUCAGAUCCGAAUACUGUUGUACCCAGAAGGACAUAUGGAAGCAGCAGUACUUCUCUAUCAAACGCAUCAACAACUGAGUCCGUACUAGAUGAAAUAGUAGAACCUGGCUCUCGACAAGACACAGCUGUUAGCUUAUCUGAUGUGCAGGUGAGGCAAGAGGAGAUAAAAGAAUGGACAAAAGAAGACUUAGGUAGGAGAGUGGAUAUUUACCUCACAGAGACGGAAACUAUCUGGAUAUUGGAUAUGCCAUCUGUUGUGGUGUCUGUAGAAUCAGAAGAUGCUGGAAGAGUUCUGGAGCAGAAUAGGAUUUAUGUUGACAUUUGCAAAAAUAGACCUGGUAACGAUCGCUUUGUAGAAAAAAUGAUGCAAACCAUUAACGGCGCUGCAAAGAACAAGGAAGUGCAAUGUGACAAAAUCAUCAUGGAAGAUAAAGGGAUGCUGGUCACUUCCUGGGACUUGUACGAUUCAUUUAAUGUAUCGGAAAUAGAACCUACGUCAAAAGCAGAAGGUAGCAGAGCCACAACUGGGAAAAGCAGCAAAUCUCAUACAGCUAAAGAGCACAAUCAGACUAUGUUGGUCUCUUCCAACAGAGGCAGCACAACUUCUUCUCUAAUGAUUUCGGAAAGUGCUGUUCUUGCCAGAAUCCAUGAAGAGGAGGAAUGCCAUUCAGAAGCUAUAUUAACAUCAGAAAACUUUCAGCAGAAUUUGUUUUUCAUGGAGAGGAUUCUAAUGGAGAAUAUUUUUCAACCCAAACUUGCAGCUUAUCGGCAGUUUCCUGUCCUUAUAGAUCCUGAUGUUACAUCAGACAUGAGUGGUACAGUAGCAGCAGUGAAAGAAGCUAAACAGGAAGAGCAUGACAAGGAAAAGAAGGAUAAGGAAGAGCAGAAGGAUGCAUUUGUUGACCCAUCAAUUCUGUCAGAUCUAAAUAAAACCCCAGAAGAAAUUGUGCCUCCCAGACUGGAAUGGCUGUGGUCAUAUAUAUGUGAUUUAACUAAUGGUCACAGUGUGAGCAGUAUGGCUUGGAGCAAAGUAAACCCAGAUCUUUUAGCUGUUGGUUAUGGAGCGUUUGAUUGUAAAGAACAGAAGAAAGGCUUGGCUUGCUGUUGGUCAUUGAAGAACCCCAUGUGGCCAGAGCGUAUUUUCCGGUGUGAGCAUGGUGUUACUGCUUUGGAUUUUUCUAUGGCAAGCCCAAAUCUUUUAGCGGUUGGAAUGUAUGAUGGGUCUGUCACAAUCUGUAACGUACGGAGUUGUAACGACACUGCACUUUUGGACAGCAGUGAAUCCUCAAAUAAACAUACAGGUCCUGUAUGGCAAAUGAGGUGGGUGGAACAGGACAGAGGAGCAACAGGAGAUGGCAAAAAAGAGAGAUUAAUCUGUAUCUCAGCAGAUGGCCGAAUAACAGAGUGGUUUAUACAGAAAAGACUAGAUUGCAUUGAUCUGAUGAAAAUAAAGCGAACAGAAAGUGAGAAGAAAAAAUUACCAGGUGAGAAAGAAAGGAAAAGGGAAGCUCUGAUAUCUCAACAGGCAGCUGGAAUGUGCUUUGACUUCCAUCCAAAGGAUACUAAUUUUUAUCUUGCUGGAACAGAAGAGGGUCAUAUCCACAAGUGUUCUUGUUCAUGCAAUGAGCAGUUUCUAGAGACAUACAGAGGCCAUAAGGGUCCUGUGUACAAAGUCGCUUGGAAUCCGUUCAGCACUGACAUGUUCCUAAGCUGCUCUGCAGACUGGAGCAUUAUUUUAUGGCACCAGGAUUCACAGACGCCCAUUCUAACUUUCAGUUCCGCCACUGCUUUUGUUCAUGAUGUUAUGUGGUCUCCAAAAUCAGCCUGCAUAUUUGCAGCAGUGAAUGAAAGCAGAGUAGAAAUUUGGGAUCUUAGUGCCAGCAUCUUGAACCCCGUGACCUCAUGCUUUGCCAACCCAAGAGUGAAAUUCACAUCUGUACUCUUUGCUGAGAACACUGACUGCCUUCUCGUAGGAGACAGCAAAGGAGAAGUCAGUGUGUUUGAGCUGCAGAACCUGGCUGCUCCCAACAAUAAUAAGGUUGGUACCUUACAUGACAUAAUUGGUCCUGCUGUAGCUAUUUAA